CCUACGACCCACCCCCAUCAAUAAUGUCCACCAUCUGUUAUCAAAUCCGAACACACAUUCAACAAGAAGCAAUUUUCUUGCCUUUUCGCAAUGUCUUUUCAUGAAAGCGCCUGCGAUGUUCACCUGAGUCCGGGGCGUGAACCCGGGACAACUUUGCUGGUUGCUAUAUGCAAUAACGAGGAAGGAUCAGGUCUGACUAGCGAUAUCUUGCUCGAUGACUUUCUUGGUAAUGAUGAUGGGCAUUUCAUCUGGGGCGGAAAGAACGUGACUCAAAGCUGUCGGAAUUUACAGCUAUGCAGGGAAGGGCCAUCUCGACUGCCCAUACUUCAUGCUAAUCUUCAAAAUCGCUCGGGUGAAUUCGUAGCCGCUGAUUGUCAUCUUGAUGAGCAUAUCAUCAACAUCAAUGGCGAACUUCUGUUGAAGCCAAACGAAGGUGUAGAAUAGUAUGCAUGAAAUGCCGAUUCUUACAGCUUGAGAUGGCGCACGCCAAGCUCUUGAAUGAACAGAUGCUAUAGGUCAAGAAGGGAUCUUCAGAUUUGAAUGGGAAAUUCAUUGUCUUGAUUGA